AUGAAUGGUGUUUUCGUAUAUAUGAAAGGAGUAAUUCUAGUAGGAGGACUUGGAACAAGACUCAGGCCCUUAACAUAUACGCACCCAAAGCCACUAAUUCCAUUUGCUAAUAAGCCAAUAAUAAAGCACCAGAUAGAAGCACUUGCAAGGGCAGGUGUGACUGAAGUAAUCUUAGCAGUAGGCCAUAUGCAAGAGAAUAUUAGGGAACUUUUAUACGGAUACGAUAAGGAACUUGGAAUAGAGAUAUCUUAUUCAUAUGAAAGUGUUCCAAUGGGAACAGCAGGACCACUCUCUUUACUCAGGGACAGACUUCAGACAGAAGAAGGUCCAUUCUUUGUGCUUAACUCAGAUAUAAUAUGCACCUUCCCAUUUGAAGAGAUGCUAGGGCACCAUACACUACAUGGAGGAGAUGGAACUAUUUUGGUGACAAAAGUAAAUGAACCCUCAAAGUACGGGGUCAUUGUGACAGACAGAAAUGCGCAAAUCAUGAAGUUCAUUGAAAAACCAAAAGAGUUUGUUGGGGACAGAAUAAAUGCAGGAGUGUAUCUUUUCUCAAAGGAAAUCCUGAAGUACAUUGAAGAGAGACCAAUGUCCAUUGAGAAGGAUGUUCUCCCAAGGAUGAUCACUCAGAAGGUAGUCAAGGCAUUUGACUUAAAAGGCUUCUGGAUGGAUAUUGGUCAGCCAAAGGACUAUGUCACUGGGAAUAUUCUGUACCAUGAGAACAACAAGGAGUGUAUCAUGAUAGAUAAAACUGCAAAAAUAUCAGCAACAGCUGUAAUAGGUAAGAAUACGACUAUUGGACCAAAUGUAGAGAUAGAAGAUGGAGUGGAAAUAGAAAACUCAAUUGUCUUUGAUGGUGCCUGCAUACAAAAGAAUUCUUUAAUUGUAAAUUCAAUCAUAGGGUGGGGUGCAUGCGUAGGGAGAUGGUCCAGAAUAGAGGACUAUUCCGUUCUGGGUGCAAAUGUAACCGUGCAAGAAGGAAUUUACAUCACAGGUGGACUAAUUCACCCGAAUACACUGGUAUCCAUUCAUGUACUACUGCAGCAGACACCUGUUCUCCCGGAAAUAAACACAAAUAAGGAGUCACCUGCCAUCUGA